AUGACUAACAAGAAUGAUUUAGAUCAAUUGGUAAAUGGUAUAUGUAAAUCGACUCUGGAAACUGGAGCCUCUAAGACUUUGCAAGAAAUUGAGUCCAAUAAUGAGUAUAUAAUGAACACACAACUACGGAAACUGCUGAAAUUGCAUGACAAGAGUUUUAAGGAGAAGUGUGUAGCACCAGUUAUAGCCCUCUAUGACAAGUACAACGAGCGAGUACUGGAAGAAGGUGAUUUGCAAAAUUGGGCUGAACUGAUCGAUCGAGAUAUUAGGGUGCUAGAAGUUGCCAUGCAAUUAAUUAGCGAAUCCAAAAAAUAG